UCUUCAUAUAGCGUGCAGAUAAGAUAAGCGCGCGCGAUAAUAAACUGUGCGUUAUAAAAGUUGGAGUUAUGUUUAAAAAAUGUACUUUUAAUUGUUAUGUGAUAAAUCGUGUUUUCUUCAAUUAAUGCUCAGUUUCAUAUUAAAUAAUUCUAAUAAAUUACACAUGUUUCCUUGUGUAUAAUAAAAAGUCAAUCAAUUGCAAUAGCCAACAGGUCUAUAUAAUUGAUUUAGAUUAUGUAACUCUAAUUCUACAGAAACAUAUGCGCUUUCUCGCAUUCUCUAAUUCUACAAGAACAUAUGCACAUUAUGAUUACAGCCUUGGUCAAAAAAUACAGUGGAGAUACAGGCGUUAUCACGUUUACUUCGAGAGAACCUCGAAUUUCAAGAUUAUGCAGUCAAACAUGCAGCAAUCCAACACGAUGACUGAAACUGUGGAACAAAUUUUAGAAAAAUUUAUACCAGAGGAGAAAUUGGCUGAUGUAAAACGCGUUUUAUAUGGACAUGCAUUUAAACCAUUAGAUAUAUCACAAGAAGAUGAACAUUUUCAAAUAAGUGGAUGGCAGACGAUUAGUCAGAUCAAAGAAGAGCUUCGUCUCCCACGUCUAGUUCGUGUUGGAUUGGUACAGCACAGUAUAGUAACAAAAACAACAGAACCUAUUCAAACUCAACGAGAUUUAAUACAUCAAAAAAUUAAAUCUAUUAUUGUACAAGCAGCUCAAUAUCAAGUUAAUAUUUUAUGUCUCCAAGAAGCAUGGACUAUGCCAUUCGCUUUUUGUACAAGAGAAAAAUAUCCGUGGUGCGAGUUUGCAGAGGAUGCCGAAACUGGACCUACGACUAUGUUCUUAUCUAAUCUCGCUAAGAAAUAUAAUAUGGUAAUAAUAUCGCCAAUACUGGAGAGAGAUUCUGCCGAUGGAGAUACCAUCUGGAAUACCAGCGUAGUAAUCAACACGAAUGGUGCAGUUCUUGGAAAACAUAGGAAGAAUCAUAUUCCCCGUAUUGGGGAUUUUAACGAAUCCACUUACUACAUGGAGGGUAAUACAGGACACCCGGUAUUCGACACUCCUUUUGCACGUAUCGCGAUUAAUAUAUGUUACGGACGUCAUCAUCCAUUAAACUGGUUGAUGUUUGGCUUGAAUGGGGCGGAGAUUGUUUUUAAUCCGUCCGCAACUGUUCAGGGGUUGUCGGAACAUUUAUGGCCAAUCGAAGCAAGAUGCGCCGCAAUAGCAAAUAAUUAUUACACUUGUGCUAUCAAUCGUGUAGGAACUGAACUUUUUAAAAAUGAAUUUACCUCUGGUGAUGGAAAUCCAGCGCAUCACGACUUUGGAUUAUUUUAUGGCUCUAGUUAUAUUACUGCCCCCGAUGGUUCGCGAACUCCAGGUCUAAGUCGUCACAAAGACGGACUACUUAUUGGAGAAUUGGAUCUCAAUAUAUGUCGACAUAUGAAAGAUAUAUGGGGAUUUAGAAUGACACAAAGACUUGACAUGUAUGCUAAAGAACUUGCUGAAUAUGUUGCAAAGCGGAAUGAGAUAAAAAAUAAAAAUUGUAUUGAUUAAUAUUACUAUAAAAUAUUAUUACACUGAUUCAGAUUUUGAUUUAUUGAUCAAAAUUUAUAUAAAGGUUUGUAAUUAAGAGAUUAAUAAGUUUAACUUAACAAGUUCUUAAACUUAUAAAUUUUUAUAAAUUCAUAAUCAAUCAUGUUUUUUAUCUUAACUAUAUCGCCAUUAAUGUAAUAAUUAUAAUGCGAGAUCUUUAAUUUUCAUGUUUUAUGAAUAAAAUUUAAUUUAGUAGUAUAUUUUAAACUCUAGCAAUGGGAUUCUGAAACUUUUAACGUUAAUAUACUAACAGUGUCAAUAUACUAUCGUUGCGCAGAUAUUAUAUAUGUACGAUUAAAAAACUGGCAACAACAAAGCAACAAUACUGUUUAAGAGUUUGCAGACUUAAUACAACUAUCUAAGGUUUUAAAGUAUAAUAUAUAUUAAUACUGAAUUUUUUAGGAUUAGUGAAAUUUAUAUUUUUCUAUAACGUAAUUUAUUCCAUAUUUCCGUUAUAACAAAACUCAUAUAUAUAUAUAAAUUGCAUAAAAAGAAAAUUACAUAUUUCACUUUGUUGUGUGACUUAAUAAGAUUUGCAAAUUUUUAAUUUAUAAAACUUGCAAAAAACAAUUUUGAUUGUCUUGGAUUUUGGUCUUUCUUUGGUGAAAUUGGUUGUAACUGUUAUAAUUAUGUGUUAUAAUUAUCAAAUCAAAAUCUUUAUAAGCACACAUCACAUAGACACGUGUGCACACAUAAAAUCAGAAAUUUGUACAUAUUAUUGUGUUUUAUAAAAAAUUAAAGGGUGUAUACUUGAAUGAAUACUUUAAAACCUAUAUAGUAACGCACGCAACACACAAAUAUUAUAUAAGUAAAUCACAUUUAUUAUGUAUUUAAAAUCUCAUGAUUUUUAUUAUAAAAAACUAAUUUAGAACAUUAUUAAAAUAAUGAUAAAAUAUUUCUAUAAAAAUGCUGUAGCAAAUAAAUAACAAUUUCCAUUAGCAACUUUGCGCUCAUGGAGACUUUUGAUAAGUAAA